AUGGGGCGUGCAUGCACCUACAGUGGAAUGUAUGUGCACAAUACAUCUCAAACAGUUUCUGUACAGUGCUGUUCUAUUUGGUUUGCUGUCACUAAGUGUAGUCUGUGGUACAAUAUUCUACAGAACACCCCGGAGUGUGAGAAAUAUGCCUGCUGUCCCCUGCCUCCCUACCUAGAGGAUUCUGGCUGUGUACUUGAGGAAGAUGACAGUACAAAGAGACCCCUGAGAGAUGUCUGCUUUCACUUGUUAAAGCUCUACAGCGACAGAUGCUAUGAUCUCAAUCAGCUGCUUGACCCCAGAAGUAUUACUUCCGACCCCUUGGACUACCGUCUUAGUUGGCACCUGUGGGAAGUACUUAGAGCCUUGAAUUACACUCAUCUAUCAGAGCAGUGUCAAGGAGUGCUGAAUGCCAGCUAUGCUGCCCAGCUUGAAAGUGAAGGACUCUGGGAAUGGGCCAUUUUUGUACUGCUGCAUACAUCCAAUACACACACACGUGAGAAAGCAGUGCGUGAAUUCUUAAACCGCCACUGCGUGCUGUCGGAAACGCCAGAAUCCUGGACAAAGGAGACUUUCCUGACACAAAAGCUCUGCAUUCCACCAGAAUGGAUUCAUGAAGCUAAGGCAGUUCGGGCAAGGAUGGAGGGAGAUAAGCAUAAAGAGGCCCUCUACUUGUUCAAAGCUGGACACUGGAACCAGUGUCACAAACUGGUCAUCAAGCACUUAGCCUCAGGUGAGAUUAUUUGUCUCCUAGCUUUGUCGUGCGGGCUUCUGCACACUGAAAGAUGUUGA